UGGCAGAUUGUACUCGUUCAAAGUAAUAUCUCAGUUCAUCCCUAGCUCCCUGGCAGUUAUUGUUUAGAUUCAUCUUUUAAUAGUCUUUCGCCAGAACACAUUAUGAUUUCAUAUAGUAAUAGAUUGUAGAAGGUUAGGCAGUUGGUGCAUAUAAGAUGGUACUUUCGUGUGGCUCGUUGUGACUAGUAAAAAACAACACAUCCUUGAGUGUAACCCUAAACGUGUGUUCUCAAAUUUUAUCGCCUUUCACAUUACUUUACUAUGUACGUGUGUUCUCAAAUUUUAUCACCUUUCACCUUACUUUACUGCUAUAUAAGGGAGAAUAAUCAUCUUUUGUAAUCCUCGCAUGAAUGUUUGUCUCCUUUUACCCCUAAUUGAAGUUCUUAACGUUUUGGUAAAUUUUGAGAAUUUUAUGAACUUUUUAUUUUAUGCCACUGAAAAUGGGAUGUCAUGAAAAAGGUUAUAGAGCCCUCAUAAAGCAUACAUACAUAUUAUAGUUUUUUAUGUGAAUAUUGUUAAACUUCUUUUAAAUUAUAUUUUUUUUCUUAAGAAUUUAUUAUGAGAAAAUGCCUGGAAUGCAUCGUAACAUUUGACCUGUUUAAUUAUUAAACACCUAACUUUAAUGGGCGACCUAUUACCUCAUUGGUUUUAUUUUUUUUUUGUAUUUUUGUACCUUUUUUCGAACAUUUUUUACAUGGGCAUGUCAACACGAAGCAGUAGCGUGUAAGGGCAUUUUUUAACAUGGCCACAUUAGCGCCAUGUUAGAUUUUUUUUUUAAAUUUUAGUCUUAUUAUUCAUUUGAUUUUUUUUAUUAAUUAUAUUUACACUAAUUAAACUCUAAUUAACCAUUAAAAUCAUUCAAUAAUUUUAUCUUCUUCAUCACUAAGAGCCUGUUUGGAUGGACUUAAAAAAAGCAGUUUAUAAGCUGGAAACUGCUUAUAAGCCAAAAAAAAAAAAAUUGGGGUAAGCCAACUUAUUUUUUUUGGAUUAUAAGCUGCUUUAGAUAAGCUAAGUCAAACGGAUCCAAAUAAUUUUUUGGGCUUAUUUUAAGCACAAAAUGACUUUAAGCUGCCAGCUAAACACUCAAAAAAGCUGAAAACAGCUUAUAAGUAACUUAUAAGCCAAUCCAAACGGGCUCUAAAUCAUUCCACCACCACAUCUCACCGGAAAAAUCAUAUCCGCCGCCAUCAAUUUCACCACCACAUCUCAUCUGUUUCAAGAGUAAUUUUUUUAGGCAAAAGCGCUUGGGACCCCUUGAACUUAUAACUUUUUAUACGGUGUACACCUAAACUAUGCGGAGGCUUAAAAACCCCCCUGAACUUGCAACUUUAAGUGUCCACACCCCCUUAAGUGUCCACACCCCUCAGCCGUGUAAACACGCGCUAUACACGGUGUAAAAAAUGCUGAUGUGGUUGUCCACGUAGAUAUCCACGUAGAUAAUUACAACCCGACCCAAGUUACCCAUUUAUUUUAACUUUAAGUUAAACAUUGGCAUUUAAACCUCUUUAUCUGUCAAAAUUUUUUACCCUCACCGAUGGUUUGUCUCCCACAUCUGUUCUCCCCCAAAAAUCAGAGUUAGGGUUUACUUGUAAGUGGGCAAUUUGUAAGUGAUUCCGGUCUCUUUUAGGUUAUUUUGUGAUCUUCUUAGUGAUUCCGAUCAGUUGCUGCUAUUGUUGCUUCGAUUUUCAACAUUUUGGCUGAAAUUCUUACAAGGUAAGUGAUUAUCCACGGUUAAAAUGUGUUUUGUGUUUGUUUUCAUCGUGUUUAAGCUUGUUUCUUUGUAGGGUUUUUGUUUAUUAUUCCGACUAGGGUUCAGUCGUGGGUUUCAUCUAGUGUUCCGAUUAGGGUUUUGAUUUGUGCUAAAACUAUGAUGAUAAUGAGUUUGUGUUCUUAUAAAUUGAUUGUAUUGUGUUGAAAUUUUCAAUUUUGUGCAUGCAUGGCUGUUAGGGUUUUCUUGUAAUUUCUUCCAAGAAUUAGGGCAUUUCUGUAAAGUCUUAAUUAUUAGAUUAUGUUUAGUAUUGUUAAAAAUUGGGGUUUUUUUUUGUAAAUAAUUGAUGCAUAGUUGUAUGUUUGUGUCUAAUUGAACAUUUGAUGUCUGUUUGUAAACUAGUUGUUUAUUUGUAUGUUUAUGUUUUAAUUUUCUGGUUAUUAUUCAUUGUUGAUAGGUUGACAUGACUUCUAAGUAUCUUAACUUAAGGUUCAAAGUUGGGGGUAUGUUGGUUAGUGAGGUAGGGCCAAUCUACGUUGGGGGUAAAACUGAACAUGUGUUCAAUGUUGAUGAAGAUCACAUGUCUAUUCUUGAAAUAGUAGAUUAUUGUAAGUCAUUUGGGGUAACUAAGUUAGGGAAAACAUAUGCAGUUCCAUAGAGCAACAUUUGAAGCAGAUUUUAAGUCUAAGCUUGAUGGUCUAGCUAAGUUGGAUAGAGGUAUUGUGGAGGACCUUAUCAAGUACAACAAAGAGAGAUGGUGUAAAGCAUACUUCCGGUGUAAAGCAUACUUCCAAACUUUCUCCAAAUGUGACAGUGUGGAUAAUAACAUGGCAGAAAGUUUCAAUGCAUGGAUCUUGGGACCAAGGCACAAGAUUAUUGUUUCAAUGUUGGAAGAAAUCAGAAUUAAGGUGAUGAACAGGAUUCCUAAGUCAAGAACAUUUGCUGAAAGCUGGACGGAGGAUGUAUCUCCAAUGGCAAUGAUGGUGUUCAAUGUCAAUGUAGAGAGAUCAAUGCAAUGCAACAUUGAUUGGAAUGGUGAUGAAGGUUUUGAAGUGCUAGAAGGGUCAUAUAGGCAUACUGUGAAUUUGGGUCAACAAAAGUGUAGCUGCAGAUCAUGGGAAUUGAAGGGGAUCCCAUGUGCUCAUGCUAUUGCAGCUAUGAACCAUUUGAAUAUGGAUGCAUCACAAGCAAUUUCGAGUUGGUACAUAAAAGACAAAUAUUUGAAGGCUUAUUCUAACUUCAUUCAGCCAGUUCCAAACAUGAAAAUGUGGCCAGACAGUACCAAUCCAAUUGUUGAGCCACCUAAAGUGAGAAAGAUGCAUGGUAGACCAACUAAGAACAGAAAAAAAAAAAGAUUGGAGAAGUGAGAAAAUCAGGGAAGUUGCCAAAGUAUGGGAUAACAAUGACUUGUUCAAUCUGCAAAGGAGCCAAUCAUAACAAAAGGGGUUGUCCAAAGAAUCCUAUGGCUAAGACAAAUUCAAGAACCACACCACAGUGUGCUGCACCCUCACAACAGUCCUCUAAUGGAACUAAGAGAGGUAGAGGUCAAUAUGAAAGGGGAAGUACUAGCAGUAGAGGUGAAGGAACAAGUACUGGCACUAGAGGUAGAGGAACAGGUGCAAGAAGUGGUUACAAGAUGCCAAGGGUUGUGGGACAAGGUGUAUUUGUUUCUGGAACUGGAUAUACUGCAAUUAAUCAACGUUUGCCAAGCAAAAGGAGGGUUAAUACUGGUGUGAGGAGUUCUGCACAUGUGACUGGUGAUAUUGGUUAUCAACCAACUAAAGGACUGAAGUGGAAAGGCAAACAAGCUGUAACUCAAAGAGAACUUCGAGUCCAAAGUGCUGGGCAUCGCAUUCAAACCAGAUCAAAAGCUGCUGGGAUUCAAACAAGGGCGCAAACCAAGGCUAAGUCACCCUUAAUAGCUGCUAAGGACAAAGUUCCCUCUAAGAGUGCAAAUACAAGGGCAAAAGCUAAGGGAAAAUCUCCUGCAAAGAAAGCUUCUUAGUUCAUGUGUGGCUGGUGAAUGUUACUUAGACUUCGACUAAUGGUAUUUUAGGUGUUUGUGGUUGUUGUUGAACAAAACUUAAACUUAUGUGUUUUUUAUGUUGUUGUGAAUUUUGCUGUUUUAAGUGGCUGUGUAUGCAGUUGUUUUUGGUUGAAACAAUUAAGCACUUUGGUGUUGUUAUGUUCAUGAAACAAUUAGGCACUUUGGUGGUACUAUGAAAUGCAUCUAUUUAUGUAGUAGCCAACG